AUGGAGGACAAAAGCUUGAAGCUCCCCUCGCUCGUCCUCGUUCCGUUCCUCCUCCUCGCGGCCGCUGCCGUGGCCACCGGCGACGAGCUCGCCACGUUCAUCGUCCACGUGCACCCGCAGGAGAGCCACGUCGUCCUCGCCACCGCCGACGACCGGAACGCGUGGUACAGGUCGUUCCUGCCCGAGGACGGCCGGCUCGUCCACGCGUACCACCACGUCGCCAGCGGCUUCGCGGCCCGGCUGACGCGGCGGGAGCUCGACGCGCUGUCCGCGAUGCCCGGGUUCGUGGCCGCGGUGCCGGACCAGACGUACGAGCUGCACACGACGCACACGCCUCGGUUCCUCGGGCUGGACUACUCCCCGGACGCCAACAGGUCAUCCUACCCUGCUGUCUCAGAACGCGGCGCUGGGGUCAUCAUCGGCGUGCUCGACAGCGGCAUCCUCCCGACCCACCCCUCCUUCAGCGGCGACGGCAUGCCGCCACCGCCGACCAAGUGGAAGGGCCGCUGCGACUUCAACGGCCGCCCGGUGUGCAACAACAAGCUCAUCGGCGCCCGCUCUUUCAUCUCCCGUCCCAACAAGGACAGGAGCAACUCCUCCUCCAACGACUGGCGGGCGGCGCCGCCGGUCGAUGGCUCCGGGCACGGCACGCACACCGCCAGCACGGCCGCGGGAGCCGUCGUGCCAGGCGCUCAGGUUCUUGGCCAGGGCUGGGGUGUCGCCACCGGAAUCGCGCCCCGCGCGCAUGUGGCCAUGUACAAGGUGUGCCAGGGCAAGUGCCGCGGCUCUGACGUACUCGCCGGCGUUGACACCGCUGUGGCCGACGGCUGCGACAUCAUCUCCAUGUCUCUCGGUCGAGCGUCGACGCCGUUCUACCGAGACAACAAGGCCAUCGCGACGUUCGGCGCGAUCGAGAAGGGGGUCUUUGUCACCGCGUCGGCUGGCAACUCUGGCCCGAACGUCACCUCCGUCCACAACGAGGCGCCCUGGAUGCUCACCGUCGCCGCAAGCACGAUGGACCGGUCCAUCCGCUCGACGGUCCGGUUGGGGAACGGCCUCUUCUUCCACGGCGAGUCGGCGUACCAGCCUGCCAAUGUCUCGGCCUCCACCUUCUACCCGCUGGUCUACGCUGGCGCAAGCGGGAAGCCGUACGCCGAGCUCUGCGGCAAGGGCUCGCUGGACGGCCUGGACGUCAGGGGCAAGAUAGUGCUCUGCGAGGUCGGGAGCGACGAGCCGGAGCUCCGCAUCUCGAGGAUCGGGAAAGGCAAGGUGGUAAAGCGCGCCGGCGGCGCCGGCAUGGUAUUGCUGAACACAUUUCCCCACGGCUACACCACGAACGCCGCAGCGCACGUCCUCCCGGCGUCGCACGUCGACUAUGCCGCCGCCUCGGCCAUCAAGUCCUACGUCAGCUCCACGGCGAACGCCACGGCGCAGAUCCUCUUCUACGGUACGAUCCUCGGCACGUCGCCGGCUCCGUCGAUCGCCGCCCUCUCCUCCCGUGGGCCUAGCCUCCAGAGCCCCGGCAUCCUGAAGCCCGACGUCACGGGACCCGGCGUGAACGUGCUCGCCGCGUGGGCGUCCCAGGUGGGUCCGCCGUCAGCAUCUCCACCACCCGGACCGACCUUCAACUUUCGCUCCGGCACGUCCAUGUCGGCGCCUCACCUCAGCGGCGUCGCGGCGCUCAUCAAGAGCAGGCACCCUCACUGGUCGCCGGCGGCGAUCAAGUCGGCGAUCAUGACCACCGCCGACGCCACCGACCGCGCCGGCAACCCAAUCCUCAACGAGCAGCGCGUGCCGGCCGGCCUGUUCGCCACCGGCGCCGGCCAUGUCAACCCCGAGAAGGCCAUGGACCCCGGCCUGGUCUACGACAUCGCGGCCAGCGACUACAUCGGCUACCUCUGCGGCCUGUACAGCAGCCGGAACGUCUCGGUGAUCGCGCGGAGGCCGAUCGACUGCUCGGCCAUCACGGUGAUCCCGGAGAGCAGGCUGAACUACCCGUCGAUCUCGGUCGCGUUCCAGCGGACGUGGAACUGGAGCACGCCUAUGGUCGUCGAGCGCACGGUGAAGAACGUCGGGAAGGUGCCGGCGGCGUACCACGCGGCGGUCGACGUAUUCGACGACGCCGUGACCGUCGACGUGUAUCCGCGGGAACUGGUGUUCACGCAGGUGAACCAGGAGCAGAGCUUCAAAGUGAUCGUGCUGCCGAGGCGGAAUGGUGCUCCGGUGGUGGAAGGCUCGCUCCGGUGGGUGUCAGACACGUACACCGUCAGGAGCCCCAUCUCCAUUUCCUUCUCCUGA